AAUGUGCGACAAACACUUGCUGUACUGCAGAGCGCCACGAUGGAGCCGGACAUCAGCAGUACAGUUUUAAGGGAGUUUGGCAGCGAACAGGGUUUAUUAUCCAAACCUGACGGUUCCGCGACGUUUAUGCAAGGAGACACCAGUGUGUUAGUAGGUGUGUAUGGACCUGCUGAGGUUAAAGUCAACAAGGAGAUCUAUGAUCGAGCAACUCUGGAGGUUCUGAUCCAGCCCAAAGCCGGCAUGCCGAGUGUCCGGGAGCGCACGAGAGAGAAGUGUGUGCGGGGGACGUGUGAAGCUGCUCUGCUGUCCACGCUUCAUCCUCGCUCCUCCCUGACGCUAGUCCUGCAGGUGGUGCACGAUGAUGGAUCGCUGUUAGCGUGCUGUCUGAACGGUGCCUGCAUGGCGCUGAUGGACGCCGGGCUGCCCAUGAGCCGCUUGUUCUGCGGAGUCACGUGUGCCAUCGACGCCGAGGGACAAAUCAUCACAGACCCCACCGCUCAGCAGGAAAAGGAAAGUCGAGCCCUGUUGACUUUUGCCAUCGAUAGCAAAGAGCACAAUGUCAUGAUGUCAUCAACCAAAGGUUCUUUCUCAGUGAACGAGAUGCAGCAGUGUAUAGCAGUGAGCCAGAAGGCGUCCGAGCGGAUCUUCCAGUUUUAUAGGGAUUCUGUGAAGCGACGAUACUCCAAAAUAUUAUGAAAUAUUAUAAUAUUGUUCUUUCUGAUUUAUUUUUCUGAUUUCUUUUUUUUUUAUAUUAAAUCAACAAUUCAA